AGAGGGGAAAGGCUUUAGUUCAUUCUGAUUCGAGCAGCCCCUCUGUGAGGAAGUGUUUUCUAUCCUCCCUCGUUUCCUCAAGGACGCUAACUCAUUGUCAAGGUUCAUCCGAUUUAGCCUUGUGUUUUUAGGUGCUCUCUUCCUCGGCAUCCUUCCUAAGGAUUCGUUUAACUUUGUGGGAGAUUAAACGAUUUAAGAAAUGAAUCUCGAUUGUUAUUGGACGAUAGUCACAUUCAGUAUUUCGUAUAUGGUUAUUUUCCUAUCUGGGUUUGUUGAAGCUAGAAGUACUAAAUUUCAAGAAAAAUCGUUGCAAGACAUACUACCCAGUGAACUGAAGCUAGGUGAUCCUUGUAGGUCUUCGUACGAAUGUCUGCAUCAUCUUCAUCAUAGUCAUUGCGACUGGGAUACGAGAACCUGCACGUGUCAGCCCUACCACUUCGAGUUCAACAACACGUGGUGUCUGCCAGCGUCACUCCUAGGUUACAGUUGUGCUGUAGACCAGCAAUGUCAAAUUAAAGUGAAAAAUAGUGAGUGUAGCAAUCACAAGCUGUGCCAGUGCAAAGAAAAUUUCAUGCCGCUGCGGAAAGAUAAAUGUCUACCUCCUGCAAAAGUCCAUGAUUAUUGUCUAAAUGAUCGCCAAUGUCAAAUGGCGGAUAAACUUAGCUUUUGCAAAUAUAUUAUACCUAAAGUCUACGGUAAGUGUCACUGUCCUCUGGGAGCCAUGAUAUCAGCCGAUGGUCAUUGUUAUCCACACCUUGGAGGAGAAUGUUUCUCUGAUGAUGACUGUUUGCAAGCAACUCCAAACUCGGUGUGCCAGAAAAAAGGCAAACGUUCGAAAAUCUGUCAGUGUUCUACAGGAUACAAAGCAUCGAAGAAUGGAAUGAAAUGUGACAUUGAUAUUUCAAGUCAAAUUCAAGCUACAAAAGCACCUCAAAAACCUGUAUCACUUGGGAAGCCUUGUCUAACAUCAAGCCAGUGUCAAGAAAGAGAUCCCUACACUGAAUGUAUUAAUGGAAAGUGUGAAUGUAUUCAGCGCACUCCUGAAUGCAGUUCAACUAACACUCAGUGCCUAAAUGAUACCUUUCAAUGCACAAAUGGGCAAUGCAUUUCCUGGUAUUUCGUCUGCGAUGGAGAACAAAAUUGCGUGGAUGGUACCGAUGAAGAAAACUGCAUUCCAUUCAAUUGUCCUGCAGAGUCAUUUAUGUGCAAUGACGGAACUUGCCUGUCAAGGUCAGCUGUGUGCAAUGGACGAUGGGAAUGUCCUGAUGGAAGCGACGAAGCUCGAUGUUAUACAGGAAUUCCUUGUGAUAAAAACUCUUUCCGAUGUAAAAAUGGUCAAUGUUUACCUGCUUACGCUUUUUGCAACGCUGUCAUUGAUUGUUAUGAUGGAUCAGAUGAAAGUUUUGAAUCCUGUGAGCGAGGUGAGAACUGCCCAAGUAACAGUUUCCAAUGCAACAACAGUAGGUGUAGAUCAACAGCUAUUUUAUGCAGUGGCUUGGAUGGAUGCGGGGACAACAGCGAUGAAGACAGAUGCGAAGUUUGCCGUUGCCCAAAACCGGAAUGAACAGUUGCCAACGCCUCAACUUAACUCGUCUUUCCAGUGUCACCAGUGUGUGCAUUAUUUAUUAAACGUCAACCGAGAGGGCACAACUUGCCCCGAACUGUUACUAUGAACAUUCUAUUUAUUUUGUUUCACAAAAAAAGUAAUAAUUGAGAUUUUUACUUCUCAUCUCAUUGACUUCAUCUACAUUUCGAACGAGGAGCUCAAAUCCAUCAUUUCAUGCCACUUCUUCAAAAGACUUCCUAGCAAAGUAUCAAGCUCUGCGCCAUCAUAUUCACUUUGAAGGGUUUUGGGGGGUUACAAAAUUCAAAUUCAGUGACAUGCCCCUUCUUUGGAUAUCGCUUUCUUUUGUCUCACUUCAAAAGCCAUUAUUGUAAGGUUCCUACGCAAUAGCAUCGCUCUUUUCCAUCAAGGACAGUGGUUAAAUCAAAUCUUGUAGGAUAAACAAAUUAAUUAGGCUUGCCAAUGCGAAAUAUACGAAUUAAAUUAAUGUAACCAGGGGCUAGGUUUAACAUCAAAGAUUAUGGGAUCAGCAGCGAAGGCCACAACACAAAUCCGUUCAACUAGGGAUGGAAAACUGUUAAAAGUUAAUCACAGAUGGCGCCAGCGGUUAAAAUCCCUAGUAAUACUUUCGGGUUACAACUCUCGAUUAAAUUUAACGCUCAAGCAUUUAUAAAAAUAAAAAAACGCCAUUCAAAAUAGCUAUUGUACUUGUACCGUUUACAAUAUAACUUGUACUAUAUUUACCACUCAAUUUAAAAUCUAUUUAAAUUUAGCUGAA